AUCAGUCUUGAUGACCAUUGUUGAAACUAUGUGUUUGAUUAUUCAAACAACUCCACAUCGAAACUGGUUGCAACUCAACCCAGAGGCACACAGGCAAUCAAUCGUUUGAUUAUCAAUAUCCUGAUGAUAAUGGAGAAAAAACCUGUUAAGUUUUAUGUAGUGGAUGCAUUCACAGAUACAGCAUUUAAGGGAAACCCAGCAGCUGUGUGUUUGUUAGAAGAAGAAAGAGAUGAAGAAUGGUUGCAAGCAGUUGCAAUGGAGUUCAACAUCUCUGAAACUUGUUACUUAACUCGCAUUAAUAACCAUGCUGAUAGUGAUCAAGAAACAGAUGAAUCAAACCCCAGAUUCCAUCUCAGGUGGUUUACUCCUGUUGCUGAGGUUGAACUUUGUGGUCAUGCAACUUUAGCAGCUGCACAUGUUCUCUUCAGUUCUGGUUUGGUAAAAUCGAAUGUAAUUGAGUUCCUCACACUGUCAGGAAUUUUGACUGCUAAAAAGAUUCAUAACGGGCCGAAGGUUUCUAAUUGUACAUCAAAAGAAAACUUCUCCAUUGAAUUGGAUUUCCCGGCAGUCUCUGUGCUUGAAUGUGAUCCUACUGAUAUCCCUUCAAUUCCUCUAACUCUGAAUGGCGCUUCCAUCAUUAACAUAAAGAAAACAAAUACUACUGGCUUCAUCAUUGUUGAGCUUGCUUCAGGACAAAUUGUAGCUGAGUUGGAGCCUCAGUUUGAUGAACUGCUGAAGUGCUCAGCUGCAGGAGUCAUCAUAACUGGAAGUGCUCCUCAUGGGUCUGAAUUCGAUUUCUUUUCUCGCUUCUUCUGCCCAAAGCUGGGCAUCAAUGAGGAUCCUGUUUGUGGGAGUGCACACUGUGCCUUGGCGCCAUAUUGGAGUAAGAAGUUGGGAAAAUCUGAUUUUCUUGCCUACAUGGCAUCUCCAAGAGGUGGAGUUUUGGAUCUCCAUUUAGACGAGAAUACCAAGAGAGUGAAAAUCCGAGGGAAAGCUGUUACUGUCAUGGAAGGUUCUGUCUUUGCUUAAUGUUGAAUUCACUAUUUACCCAUUUCAAUUCUGUAUUUUGUAAUUCAGAAUAAGAUUGAAUCCAACAUUGCUCAUUCGGGCAGAUGUUUUACAUUUAAAAUGGUCACUGAGAGACACUCCUACAUUAGAGUAACUUCUAAUAAACAUUGAUUUUCGAUA